GACUUGUCUUCUAUUUAGCAGCGCUCAGAUUGGAUAGCAAAUAUGAGUGUCAUACUUUGUACUGCCGGCUAUGACCAUACCAUUCGGUUCUGGGAGGCUCUAUCGGGAAUCUGCUCGCGGACUAUCCAGCACCCCGACUCCCAGGUAAACCGUCUCUGCAUCACACCAGACAAGCGAUAUCUGGCGGCUGCCGGUCACAACAAUGUGAAAUUAUACGACAUCAAGUCCACGAAUCCAAAUCCUGUUAUGACAUUCGAAGGUCACACAAACAACAUUACUGGCGUAGCAUUUCACUGCGAAGGAAAGUGGAUGGUGACUAGCUCUGAAGACGGCACAGUAAAGGUCUGGGACACCAGGACAGGAAGCCUCCAGCGCAACUACGCACACAAAGCCCCGGUGAAUGACGUAGUCAUACAUCCAAACCAGGGCGAGCUCAUCAGCGGUGACCGUGCUGGCAUUGUUCGGGUAUGGGAUCUUGGAGAGAGUGUCUGCACACAUCAGUUGAUUCCGGAGGACGACGUUGCCGUGCAUAGCGUCAGCGUCGCCAGCGACGGAUCCUUACUUUGUGCUGGUAAUAAGAAGGGAAAUGUGUAUAUCUGGCGCAUGAUCCAAGAGGCCGAAGUGACUCGAAUUGUCCCAAUUUGCACCUUUCAAGCCCACAAGGACUACCUGACUCGUGUCCUCCUUUCGCCUGACGUCAAGCACCUAGCAACCUGCUCCGCUGACCAUACUGCUAAAGUAUGGAAUCUCGACCUGGACUUCCCUCCAGCAAAGACGGCAAUUGCAGCUGCCGCCCGAUCAAAGGUCAAGUCACCGUCUGCAGCAGAAGUAAAACCGGCGUCUCCGUCUUCUGCAGGCUCCGAAAGUCAAAGCAACUCAAUGCAACUUGAGCGGGGCAAAGCUGAUAGUAUUCCGUUCCACCUGCUCAACGGGACGCAACCUGCUAACAAUGUUGAGCCGCCGCCAUCGUUUCCAGUACAGCCUGAUGGCCCUCCCAUGGAUCCAAAUACAGGCACAUUGUUUCUCGAAACGACUCUUGCAAAUCACCAACGAUGGGUCUGGGACUGUGCUUUUUCGGCUGAUUCGGCCUAUCUGGUUACUGUGUCUAGUGACCACUAUGCGCGUCUUUGGGAACUUGCCUCGGGUCAGAUAAUACGUCAGUAUAGUGGGCAUCAUCGCGGGGCAGUGUGUGUUGCACUAAACGACUACUCGGAGCCUCGCUGA